CCUAGAAAGUCAAUAUGAGACUAGGAUUAGAUGGCGGGAAUGUGUACUCGUCUCCUACGCUCUUUUACAUACACACAAACACACACGCCCUCUGACGUGUUGUCCUUUAGUUUCCUACCCUCACCUCUGUCCGCAGAGGAUUUGCAAAGCGUGCCUGCACCUCCCUGAUUUGGCUUAUGUGGAAAUCUUUCUGUGAAAGGAAAUGAGAGAGGAUUUGUGGAGGAUAAUAGUUUCUAAGUUGGUUUGAGACACAGAGUAGAUGGGAGUUAUUAGCAGGUCUGACUCUGUGCCUAUCACAGUCUGACCCUAACCCUGACCUCUGGCUGGCAUUAAGUUUAAACCUUCUCUGAAGGUCAGUCUAGUGGUCAUGAUGUAAUUAUUUUUAGAAAAAAUGUGUCCGCGGUUGCUGAUGCCAUAUUUCCUUUUUAUGGUUUCAAACUUUUCACUAAACCUUCACCCUCCUUAAUGUUGGAUUCAGUUCAAUUCAGGCUGUAUUGAAAACUCAGAAUGCUGCUCUGUAUUAGAGAUAUAAAGAGAAAAUAGAGACGCACCAAUCAGAGGUUUUUAGGCGAUUAUUUCUGACAAUCGAUGAAUCUGAUUUAAAAUAAAAAAUAAAAAACUGGCACAUUCUGCAGAAAUUUCAUUCAAGCCUGUUUUAUACAAUAUUAGAAAUACAGUGAAAGCUGACAAAUAAAAAAAAAAAAAUUAUUCCAUUACUUUGAAGAAAAAAAAGGAUAUAAACACAGCCGAAAUCACAAUAAUAUAACAUUGCUUUAAUGAACCCUUUGUCAUUUGUAGCAAAUCCUGCAUCAAACUAGGCUUCUAUUCUGUUUGACUUAACAUCUAAACACGGUAGUGCUAACCUGUUUAUGUUUUUUGGAUAUAAACUGAUUAAUAACGGAUAAAACUGUCAAAUAUUUUUUUUACUUAAAUGCAAAUAUAGUUUUGCACAACUUUAGCUUAAUUAUCGCUAUAGGUAUGUUGUCCUUUCAGCAAUUUACUCCUUUUUGAGUCUGCAUACUCUGUUUAACAGUUAAUGUGGCCAGUGAUUUUUUAAAUUUUUUUAAUUAAAAGUUGAAUUAGUUUUACUACUAUUAAAAAAAAAAAUAGACUCAAUGUUCAGAUAUUGUAAACAGCCUACAGCACCACAUGUUACCGAGUAGCACAGUUAGCAUAGUUGGCAUUAUCAAAUGAUUGUUCUUUUCCCUCUCUUGUAUAAAAAAAAAAAAAAAAGUCAAAUAUUUCUGGUCAGGAAAAACAUGACCAGUCCUGGAACCAACUGGGUGCUGACUGGAUACCACAGCAGAUUUCCCGACCAAAUAAAGUCGAUAUCAGCAUGUUAGACUUGUCGUGCCCUAUAAAUAGCAGAAACACAAAGACGGAUAACAUUAAUCAUAAGAGCCCGUGAAAAUGUCGAAACUGGAACUGUUGCCGUGACAGUCACACACUGUCUACACAGAAAUUGCAGUACCUUUGUAGUGAACGCCACACGUUCACAUUUUUUUCAAGAGCUUAAUUCAGGAUUAGAAUAGAUCAUUUUUUGUUUGUUUGUCUGAUGACCUCAGCUUUAAUGAGGAUAACAAUUUAACGUGAUGCGGUCUGAGCAGACAUUUAUUGCACUCCGUAGCUAAGAGGAGGCCUUGACUUAGGCAGGUCUCUGUUAUUUACCAUCACAUUUUUCCUUGUUUCAAAUGUGUAACAGUUAAUUUGUUGGAGUUGGUAUACAUUUCAUUGUGAGAAUCUGCUUUACAUUUCUCCCAUAACCGGUACGUUAAUCACACAGUUCUGGUUCUGAGUCUCAACCAGAUGUGAACACCUGUUCUCUUCUGUCCUCACAGUUAAUGGACCGCCAGUUCAACAGAAUCUUCCUGUAAUAAUUCCCAAAUAAUCCAGAAAUAUCUAUGCAUAACUUUUGUGGAUGUGGCAGCAACUUCAUAUGAAACUCUUUAUUGAUUGCCUUGAUACAGAGGAUUUAGAAAAUAUGGAUUUAACUGACCCAUACGGACCGAUCUAAUACAGCCGGGAAAGAAAUCCAGAGAUUCUAAGGGAAGAUAAAGCGCUACUGCCCAACAAUCCACACUGACCCAACUCUCGCCUCACGCAGCUUCCUUAGUGGGAUAUGACGUCACCGCUAUGUCAGUAGCUUCCCAGAAACACUGACCUCAGUACAGCUGUAACGCGCCUAUGGUUCAUAUCGACUGCUUCGUAGGAACAUGUUGCUGUGUAACAUCUGGGAACAGUUGUGGAGCCGUGGGAGGGUGUUACUACAAUGUCUAUAAGAAGCCUUGCCUCUGUCUCGGUGCAAUGCUUUAGAGUAUGGAGCCAGAACAGAUCAUGCCAAAGCUUCGUUUGGUCUCUGUGCAGAAACAGAGACUGGGCAGUGGCAUGCAGUGUGAGGAAGGAACAGAAUGGCUGCUGGAGCUGCUGACGGAGGUGCAGCUGCAGCAGUACUUCAAGAGGAUCCGAGACGACCUCAACGUCACGCGGCUCUCACACUUCGACUACGUCAAGAAUGAGGACUUGGAGAAAAUUGGCCUGGGUCGACCCGGCCAGAGACGUCUUUGGGAGGCCGUGAAGAGGAGGAAGGCCAAGCGGAAAACCUGGAUGAGCAAGGUGUUCAGCGGGAAGCGGAUAGAGGGAGAAUUCCCCCAGCAGGGACAGCUGGCCUUUACGUUCCGCAAACUGUCCCUCACGCCUCCCCUCUGUCUGGGCGACGGCGUCCUGGACACUCAGCUAUACGGCGGUGGCGGCGGCCCACUGGACGGCCAGCAGCAGGCCCUGACCUGCCUCAUCCCAGAGAAGGACCUGACUCUGUUCGAGAAACUCGGCGACGGCUCGUUUGGCGUCGUGAAAAGAGGGGAGUGGCUGACGCCUGGAGGGAACGUGGUGAACGUGGCGGUAAAGUGCCUGAAGACGGAUGUCCUCAGUCAGCCGGACGCUCUGGAGGAUUUCAUCUGCGAGGUCAACGCCAUGCACUCCCUGGACCAUCAGAACCUCAUCCGGCUCUACGGCGUGGUGCUCACACACCCCAUGAAGAUGGUGACUGAGCUGGCUCCUCUGGGUUCUCUGCUGGAUCGUCUGCGAUGCGUUCAUCCUCAGGGCCCGGUGCUGAUCCACACUCUGUGUCAGUACGCCGUUCAGGUAGCGAGCGGCAUGGCUUACCUGGAGCAGAGACGGUUCAUCCACAGGGACCUGGCAGCGAGGAAUAUACUGCUCUCGUCAGCUAACAGAGUGAAGAUCGGGGACUUUGGCCUGAUGAGGGCGCUGCCUAACAACGAUGAGCACUAUGUGAUGCAGGAGCAUCGCAAAGUUCCCUUUGCGUGGUGUGCUCCAGAGAGCUUGAAGACGAGAACGUUCUCCCACGCUACGGACACCUGGAUGUUCGGCGUCACUCUCUGGGAGAUGUUCACGCACGGCCAGGAGCCGUGGCUGGGCCUGAACGGCAGCCAGAUUCUCCACAAGAUCGAUAAAGAAGGCGAAAGGCUUCCAAAGCCGGAGGACUGUCCCCAGGACAUCUAUAACGUCAUGCUGCAGUGUUGGGCUCAGAAACCAGGGGAUAGACCCACUUUUGUUGCCCUGAGGGAGUUCCUGCUGGAGACCAUGCCUACCGACAUGUGCGCUCUGCAGGACUUCGAUGAGCUCGACAAACUUCACAUCAAAGUCAACGACGUCAUCACCAUCAUCGAGGGGAGGGCGGAGAAUUACUGGUGGCGAGGGCAAAACAAGCGCACCCUGAAGGUGGGGCAGUUCCCCAGGAACGUGGUGACGUCCGUCGCGGGGCUGUCGGCGCACGACAUCAGCAGGCCUCUGGAGAACAGCUUCAUCCACACGGGUCACGGAGACACCAACCCACAUCGCUGCUGGGGCUUCCCGGACAGGAUUGACGACCUGUACCUGGGGAAUCCCAUGGAUCCUCCUGAUGUUCUGGGAGUGGACGUCAGCGCCGCUCGGCCCACACAGCUGCCAGGACGAAUCAAAAAGGAGCCUCCCCGCCGGCCUCCUCAGCCAGCCGUGUUAAUCAAGAGUAAGUCUGGUUUCUCUCAGCAGCUUCUUAGCCACUGUUCCUGUCUUCUCUGUUCCCUCUUUGCUCCACUCUUCAAAGAACCGUGCUACGAUCCGGUAACUGAAGACGAGGAUUCCACCUCUGCAGCGCUCCGGAGAUUAUCUCUCAGGAAAACCGGUUCGCUCAAAGGUCUGAAGCUUAAACCCGCUGCGUGGGUCUCUGCUAACAAGCAGAGUGGCCGGACCUCAAGUUCAGCCCACACCCCGAGCAGCGACGUGUCCCUCAUUGACUUCGGGGAGGAUUUCUCACUCACGCGCUCUCCUUCCACUGUGGUCGAAAACCAAACUCUGGUGCUGGCGAAGCUAGCGCUGCAAGUGGGCAACAUCCUGGACAAGACUCCGCCUCAAAGUCCGUCCAAGUGGCUGCAGCGGCCCCUGCACCCCACGCCGGUGGUAGACUGGGACGCCCGGCCGUUACCGCCGCCGCCGGCCUACGACGACGUAGCCCAAGAUGAAGACGACAUGGAGGUGAGCUCCAUCACCAGCUCGGAGCAGCAGCUCGAACACGAUCAGACUGCUGUCCACGGCGUAGACGGAGCUCUCUCCUCAGGACAGGUGACUGAAAGCGACGACGUCGUCUCGAAAGAUCCAGAAAGACCGGUUUUGGAGGACAACCUUUUCCUUCCCAGCAAGCACAGCCACGCUGCCUCCCCGUCCUUCUCCCAAUCCGCAGAGAUUUUCCAGGAACUCCAGCAGGAGUGCAUGAGGAAGCUCAAUGUCCCGACAGGCGGGGUUGGUCAGUGGACCCAAACCUCAGCCCUCUGUCCUACUCAGAAUGCCCAGGAGGAUCAACAGCAUCUCUCCAUCAAUGAGGACAAACCUCAGAUCCCCCCACGUGUUCCAAUACCCCCUCGCCCGAUAAAAUGGGGAGACUACACGUCCGCUCGCUGGUCAAGGGACCUUUCUGUUUCCCCGAUGCCGUCGGACCCCACAUACAGCAUUUCGGGCACAAGCCUGGAACGACCGCCUCAGAUCCCGCCCAGAGACCCUCUGUCCCAGCCCAACUCCCGGACGCCAAGCCCCAAUUGUGCGGUGGUGGGCUCUCUGCAGCAGAGGAUCUGCUCCGUUAGCCCCUCCACCCACCAGGCCUCACACUCUUAUAGCUCCCACCUCUCCACCUCUCCUGGCAAACCUAUGCCGACCACACACAGCUUUGCCUCGGACCCCAAAUACGCCGCACCCAAAGUGAUCCAAGCCCAGGGUAGGGACAACGCCAACAGAGGUCCCUGCAUCCUGCCCAUCGUCCGAGACGGGCAGAAAGUCAGCAACACGCACUAUUACCUCCUGCCAGAGAGGCCGCCGUACCUCGACCGUUUCGAACGCUUCUUCAGAGAGGCUGAGAACCUCCCGGGCGGCAGCGGCGCCGAGGACAGGCACGCGCGGCACGCCAACACGGCCACCGUGAGACCCAUGGUCGUCACCGCCCAGACAGUUCAGGGACUCGUCCAGCCGGGAGAGCUGAAGGCUAACUUCUCCUUCAAUAACAACUUUGGCAUGAGCGCACAGCGGUCAGGGAUGAAGACAUCAGUUAGUCUCCCUCGCGUGUGUUCAGACGGCCUGACGGGUCCAACAGUGAAUUCUUCCUGCGGCCGGACAGAAGACGGAGGGAACUCUCUGGACAGAGUCCAAAUGGUGCAGGAGGCUGUUCACGGCGUGACAAUAGCAGAGUGUCAAGCCGCCCUCCAGAACAACAGCUGGGAUGUCCAGAAGGCUGUGCAUUACCUAAAGGUGGAGCAGUUGUUCUGUUUGGGUCUGAGGAACAGGUCUGAGUGUGUAAAGCUGCUGGAGAUGUGUGACUGGAACCUGGAGGAGGCCAGCACUCAGAUAUUAGAAGAUUAUGGAUCCAUAACAAGACAAAGAUGAUGACCGAAGGUGGUGAGCUUCGACUGGACUCUCCUCUUCAGCCGAUCGCCGUCGACUUCAGUCGAGAACGGAAGACGAGAAGCACAAACUGGUGAACUUCGACGUCGACCCAUCGGUCAUAAUCACAGACACCAGAGCGGAAAACAAAAGUAUCCGAGUUUGACUUUCACGUUGGACGGUUUAUGUAAUUGUUGCACUCGGUUACAAAGACCUUGAUUCUGACCGUCUGGCAGGCCAGGGAGGAAGGAACGGUCCCAGAUAGAAAGACGGCACUCUGAGCUAAAACGGUUUACAGAAAGGAAACAAAAAACAAAACGGCAACAACAACAAAAAAAGAUGGAAUAAUGUUCUCAGAACGCAGAGUCAGCACAAAACCCCAAACCGCAUGCAUACGUUUCGUUAAAGGUGAAGCUCAUCUGCUGGCAGCUGGAUCACCACUUAGUGCUAGAGAGAAGAAGAAAGCACAAUGAAGUGUUUAAUUGGCUGGUGGGGAACUAUUGUGGAGGAAAUAUUUCUGUUUUAAACGAGAUGUUUGUUGAGAGUUAUGCUGCUGGAAAGCUUGAGGGGGUGAGACGGAGGGAGGGAGGGAACAUGGCUACAAAUAAUUUAAGAAAAAACUUUGACUUUAUAGUUUGAAGAAGGAAGUGAGUCGCAAUGCGGUGCUUCGCUCUCUGCUUAUAGAAACAAACAAAACCUCCUGGAAAAUAAUGAAUAGAUGUCGGGGAGGAAGAGAAAAAGCCAAACGAGCACGAAGACGAUGAUAUUUAAAAGGUAUGAAUGCUCUUUACGGGGAGGAACACACGCUAUUCAGAACGUAAUUUUUUUUUUUUAAAGAAAAGAUUGUAUAUAAUAUAUUUUAUUUUGCAUCUUCCCUUAAAAAAAAAAAAGAUUGCAUAUAAUACAACACGGUGUGUUAAUGCCACACACUGUGGAAUAUUACCGAGCUCCAGGUACAACCGGCCCUCGUUUCCUCCCCGUAAGCUCUUCGCCCUGAGAGGACUCCCAUGCAUCAGCCGAAAACCUCAGCCUGUGCAGUUUUCCUCACCGUGUUGGCAGCUAAUAACGGCGGAGAGAGUGAAAUUUUUUGCUCCGUAAUCAUCACUUCCUGGCGGCCCUGCGACGCUUUCAGUCAGCAGCUCUACGGGGCCGAUGGUUUCCAACUGGCGGGACGAAGUCGGACUCACUGUGGGGGAAACUUUUUUUUUUUUUCACUCUGUAUUGUCAUUGAAAAAGGAGUAUUACAGAUGCACUGAAUAAGUCGGAACUGCAGGGGGGAAAAUGUUAAAAUUUAAAUGGAUGUUUUAGGAUUUUUGAGUUGCGGUUCUUUUAAAAGGUUCCUUUAUUUAGCCUUAGGUUUGGGAUCUUUUUGCAAACAUGACGAGGGUUUAAGGGUUCAUAAAACCGGCCCGUCCCAGAUCAGCUGUGAGCUUCAGCCUCCUAGAUUUAUGCUACAUGGAGAGUUAUUUACAGCUCAAUCACCACUUUCAACCUUUUAAGCUGCAGUGUGAAACUUUUUAUAAAAAAAUGUUAUAACAUAUUUGUUAAAACUGUCUGUGUUGUGACAGCGUGAUACAAGACGAAUGAUCUGUGGAAGAAUUGAGCUACUGCAGCGGUGUGAAGAAAUGCACAGAUCAGAACAACCAAUCAGAGCCAAGGGGAGGGUCUUAGCGCUGUGUAUUGUGCUUGUGUAUUUGCUUCUUAAUGUGCUAAUGGCGGAGAAACAACUUGCCAUCCCAGGAAGACACAGCCACCUUCAUCUGUGGCUAUGCUAACUAGCCUGAGCAUUCACAACAUUCUCAAUCAGGAAGAAACUGUAGCUUAGCAGAUAGAGGGGUGUGGGUGGGAGUGGAAAGGAGGACGAAUGGCGCGUACACAUUCCUGAUUGACAGUGCUAAGACCCACAACCUGGCUAUGAUUGGUUGUUUCCAGUUGGCACUGGGAAACAGGGGAGGAGCUCAUUUUAUUUAUUUUUCUUCUCAAAUUAUUGAUCUCAUAUCAUACUAUCACAACAAAGUGAUAGUUUUAAUAAAUAUACUUUUUAAAAAAAUAAAAGUUACACCCAGCAGCUUUAUUUAGGCUGAACUGUUCCUUCAGAAUCUUUAUGGAAACCACCUUCAGUAGUUUAGUGUUUAUUUCUUUAUUUUAUUUUAUUAUUUUUUUUACAAUUGUCAACAAUGGUUUCCCUACAUGUUGUCACAAUAAGUUUAUAGAAAACUGCUUAAAUCCUCUUUAAGGCUAAUGGCUUGGAGAGGCUAAGUUACAUAAUGUAGCUUUAGCAGCACAGGUCUUGUUUGACUGUAGAACAGGGACGGUCUCCUGAGAGUGCAGCGGGUUAGCCAGCGCCAGCACCGGGGGAUGUCUUCUGUUAUAAACCUUUUCUCCAAUCUGAACCUCAUUUAAAAAAAACCUAAACUAUCCUUUUAAACGACCCAGAAGAAGCAGCAUGGAAACGGAUCGCACGGUUUGCGUUCAACCCACUCACCUGUAUGACCGUUGGGAAGAUGGCCGACGCUCGGGUCUGUUUGACGUCUCCCAUAAGCUAACCCACAGGAACAUCCGACCGUUUUCACGUCUGUGCGGACUGGUUCUGAUAAACCGACUGUUUCCAGUGUUACAGGAUGAUACUGCAGAGAACAUCAGUGCUGUGCUGAUCCUCUGGUUUGGACUUUCUCUCUCUUAGGUAACAUGUUACCUGUUCAUGUGCUGUUUGUCGAGCUGCUGUAGUUUUUGUUUUUUAGGACUGAAGUGAACCUUGGGAUCUUUUUCCUCCCCCUCUCCAAUUUAUAUGUUUAUCUCUGUAGAUUUUUUUUGUUGUUUCUUCCGUCAGAUUUGUGUCUUAUUUUUAUUUAGUCUUUUCUCUUCAUUCUGCUGUUUGUCUCCUCUUUGGACUCUGUGUUGAUCUGACAGACUCCCGUAAAGUGGCUCUUUAUUGUUUCUCUUUUUUGCCGUUGAUGGAAACAAAGUUUAUGCUGCCAAAUUUGCAGAUGUAUUUUUUAUUAAAGAAAGGAGUAAUUUUUUUA